AUGUAUUUUGUUCCUUAUGAGAGUCAAACUAAAGACUUCCAAGACGUGGACACAUUUGUCCGCCUCCCGCCGUUCUCGUGGAAGAAAAUGUGGCAGUUCACGGGCCCUGGGCUGCUAAUCAGCGUGGUGUUUCUUGAUCCAGGAAACAUAGAGGGCGAUUUGCAGGCCGGGGCGAUAGGGGGAUACUCGCUCCUGUGGCUGAUGAUGUGGGCCUCGGCGGUGGGCCUGUUGAUCCAGUUGCUGUCGGCGAGGCUCGGGGUGGCGACGGGCCGGAACCUGGCGGAGCUGUGCAAGGAGGAGUAUCCGUACUGGGCAGGGCUUUUGCUGUGGGUCAUGACGGAGGUGGCCUUGAUUGGGGCUGAUAUGCAGGAGGUGAUUGGGAGUGCUAUUGCUAUUAGCAUUCUGAGUCAUGGCGUUUUGCCUCUUUGGGCUGGUGUUCUUAUUACGGCUAUUGAUUGUUUCAUUUUUCUGUUUCUUGAGAACUACGGAGUAAGGAAAAUAGAAGCUGUUUUUGCUGUUUUCAUCUCAAUGAUGGCGCUGGCGUUUGCUUGGAUGUUUGUCGAUACAAAGCCUAGUGGAAAGGAACUAGCAAUAGGUCUUUUGGUUCCAAAACUAAGCUCAAAAACAAUUCGACAGGCGGUUGGAAUCGUGGGUUCUGUCAUUACGCCUUACAAUGUGUUUCUACAUUCAGCUUUAGUACAAUCAAGGAAUAUCAACCCUAAAGAGAUUGGUCGCGUCAAAGAGGCUCUCAAAUACUACUCCAUCGAAUCCUCAGUCGCCCUUCUUGUCUCUUUUGCUAUCAACUUAUUUGUCACAUCCGUCUUUGCUGUUGGAUUCUACGGCUCUAAACAUGCUAGUAGCGUAGGCCUUGCAAAUGCAGGGGAAUAUCUCCAAGACAAAUAUGGGGGAGGACUAAUUCCUAUAUAUUACAUUUGGGGAAUUGGGUUAUUAGUAGUAGGGCAAAGUAGCACCAUAACGGGCACCUACGCCGGCCAGUUUAUAAUGGAAGGUUUUCUAGAUCUUCCGUUAAAGAAAUGGCAAAGAUCAUUGAUAUCGCGAAGUUGUGCAAUCGUUCCAAUUGUUAUUGUGGCUCUUGUUUUUAAGAGAUCAGAAGGUACGCUGGAUGCGCUGAAUGAGUGGCUCAAUGUGCUCGAAUCUAUGCAAAUUCCUUUUGCACUCAUCCCUCUUUUUACCUUGGUGUCCAAGGAGCAGAUCAUGGGGGUCUUCAAAAUCGGACCUGCUCUGGAGAGGGUCGUGUGGAUCGUGACUGCCCUAGUAAUGGCGAUCAACGGGUACGUUUUGCUGGACUUUUUCCGCUCCAAGAUUAAUGGAUUCCUGCUUAGUUUUUUGACCUGCGCCGGGACUGCUGCCUAUAUAGCAUUCAUGUUGUAUCUAAUUUCAUUCUGUGGCGCCCGACCCUAUUCUUGGGUAAGACUGAUACGCUCCGACGGAAACGAGCAUUCCAGUAAUUAA